UGGGUCCCUUCCAACUUGAGAUACUCUGUGAUUCUGUGACUGAUCAUAGAUUAUAGAUCAUAAUACAAAUGAUGCCAAUCAAUCUCAAUGGCCAGAGCACCAAAAAUGGCUUUUAACACAUGAACUCCUUUCAAGUUGUUCAGAAAUCCUCUCCCAGCUCCAGCUGUCAGUGCGGCUCUGUGCUGUGCUGCUAUCAAAUGGCAGCAGACACUGCUAGGAACCUUGGAAAGGUAUUUUUGGGCACAUACACACUGACACGGGGCUCAAAUUGCCAGGUGCAGUGCUGUGGGACCGGUGGGGUCCCUGGGCUCCACCGCUCCCCUUCUUGUCCCAGCUCAGGGGCUCAGAAGCAGUUCAUGUCAUUUCACCCUCAACCUAGAUCAAAUCAGACCUCUGUUUUUAAAAGGAAAAGAAGGGAAAAAAGCAGCAAGAAGGGCUUUUAUUGUGAAAAAGAGACUCUUCAAAUGCCUGCUCCCCCCUUCCCAGCCUCUCUGCUCCCCCCACCGGGAGGUGGGUCCGGGCUGCUGCUGAGUUGGAAAACUGGCGGCUGGACUUGGCCAGGCGUCCUCUGCACAGGGACUGCCGCCAGCCUGAGGGGCACAGGGCGGCAGUGCCUGGCCUGGUGCCUGGGGGACAGGGGAUGUGGAUCAGCCACCCAGAUAUUUUAUGUAUAAAUAAUGUAUUUAACAUCCUGGUUCUGCACGGAACGGCUGCUGGGGAGCAGUGCCAGCCCAACAGUGACCGCGUGCAGGGAAGCCCACGAGGAGCAGCGUGCCGACAGAUACUGCCAGCCAUGACCCAACGACCAUGGAGAAGGAUGGGGCUGAAGCAGCCUUCCCUAGUGGCUCUGGUAGCCUUGCUGGCCCUGGCCCUGCUGGCACUCUCCUACCUCCCCUCACCACGGAAUGGGGACUAUGGCCUGGCCCCUUCGCCCCAUGUGGCACCAGCACCUCCAGCACCUGCAUCACUUCUGCUGGCACCCCGGCCCCGGCGAGAUGUGGCCAUCACCCCAUGUGGGGACAAGCCCCCCAACCAGGGGACAAAAAGGCAUAGGGGAAAAAGACGGCGGCUGAGGGAGCAGGGUGCCCUAACACCUUCUCCUUGUGAGGAUCAGCCAUGCACAUGGGGUGGCUCCCCUCAGGCGGACAGGCUGUGUUUUGGUAAGACUGUUCCACCAUGGCUCUCAGAGGAUGACAUCCAGAAGAUGAAGCUGCUAGCCCACGGCCAAGUAGUCUCCAAAAGCCGUGUGCCAGCCCAUGGGCAGGUCCUGCGCAUCCACCUGCAUGCUGAUGGUGACACACAGCCUGCCAGUCCAGGGGAGGACUGUGGGGAUGGGCGUUGUGGGCUCAUCAAACGCUCCACAGACCUAUAUGAGGUGGUGGCCUUCCACCUGGACAGGGUCUUGGGGCUGAACAGGAGCCUGCCCGCAGUGGCCCGCCGCUUCUCCAGCCCCAUCCUACCCUACAGCUACACCAAUGGUGUCCCCCGGCCCCUCAUUUGGUGGGCACCCGAUGUCCAGCACCUGGAGGACAGCAACAAUGACCAGAACUCCUGUGCCCUGGGGUGGCUGCAGUACCAGGAGAUGCUGCGGUCCCGCAGUGUGGCCCCAGUGGUAGGAGACACAGCCUGUGCAAGCAUCCAGCGUGGUGAGUGGGGCCGCUUGGCACUCUUCGACUUCCUCCUGCAGGUUCAUGACCGCCUGGACCGAUACUGCUGUGGAUUCGAGCCCGACGCCUCCGAGCCCUGUGUGGAAGAGAUGCUCCAUGAAAAGUGUCGAAACCCAUCUGAGUUGUUCCUGGUGCACAUCUUGGUCCGGAGGAGCGCUCCAUCCCAGUUGGUGUUCAUUGACAAUGCAGGCCGGCCACAGCAACCAGAGGCAAAGCUCAACUUCAGGCUGCUGCAGGGCAUAGACAGCUUCCCGGAGAAAGCUGUGGCCAUACUGAGGUCAGGCUGCCUGGCCCACAGGCUGCUGAAGUCUCUGAACAUGGACCAGGAGCUCUGGGAGAGCCAGGGAGGUGCUGCGGGGCUGUGGCCUCUGCUGCAGGUCCUGGAGAGGCGUGGACAAAUCCUGCUGCGGUACCUCCAGGAGCACAACCUGACUGUGGUGAGGGACACACUGCACUGAGCUCCGCAGUGAUGGGUCGACCUCAUGCCCUCAAUGUCUGCAAUGUGAAACUGCACAUGGGUUCUUGCUCCUCCGAAAGGGAUCUUUUAAUUAACCCCUGUUGGUAGGACAUCCUGGAAAAGGACAAAGGGUUGUGGGGUGUAGGAAAGAGGAAGAGGAGAAUUUCUGAAACAACCAACAGAUGUUUUCAGAGAACACCUGUGAGAUUUUGGGUGUCUUCAACCUCCUGUCUUCCCCAGCAUCUCUGAAAAGGGCAGGCUUGACCUGCUGAACAGACUGGAGAGCUUGGAAGGAUUAACCCAGCAAAGAGGCUUGCACAGGUCUUUCGUUGACGACGCUUUCAUUGUUCCCAAACUAACAAAAGUAGAGUCUGGAGUGGUGUGAGGAAAAGCAGAGGGAACCCUAAUAAUCAAACCCAAGCCACCAGAGCUGAGCUGUACCUUCCCCCAUGGUGAAGGUGACACGUGCCUGACGUCUGCAUUAAGCUUUCUCUAAGGCUUGCAGAAAAAUCGUACCAAACACCCAGGACAACUUUGACAGAAAGCAACCAAAUGCAAAAUGCCAUCUGAGCAUGCUGACAACAAAACAGAGGCUUUCUCAUCUCUUCCAGCAUCGCCCACCAGCCUAGCAGAGGUUUAAUUGGUGCUCAAUGGUCAGAGCUGAAAGAAGAAUGAAGUAGAGGAGACCAACAUGGGUGUCUGUGCAUGCUGCUGCCCAGUUGCCCUUGAGCUAGAAAAGCUGUCCAUCUACACAGCCACAGAGGCAGAAAGCAGGCGCUCACACCUAUCCUGCUGCAUCCAUCUCAGCAGCGUGUCAGGUUUAGAGCCUGCCAGGGGAUACUUUUGUAGCCGUGCUGAUAAGUGUAGGCAAUUACCUUUUCCUCUUGCUUAAGAAAAGAUGAAGUGAGGCUGGAGUGACAUUAAUCAGUGAGCGUGAGUGCUCUCAGAGAGCACUGGCACUCAGCACUGCCUACGCCUCAGCAUCCCGAGCCCCAGCAGCACUUUGCUGCGCUCCUGCCCUGGUGCCAGCAAGGGAAAGCCUGUCUGCCAUCAAUAUCCCCUGUGCCAGGACACCCUGCUGAAUCCCAUUCCAUGAGAACUCAUUGUGAGGAGGUGAUCUUAGCUUGUAAGAAUAGAGGAGAACAAAAGGACUCAUCUUGGGACCAAAAUAUCCAUAAUAAUAAAUGAGACUAUGCAUCAUGAAAUCAUAGAAUCGCUAAGGCUGGAAUCAUUAAGGUUGGAAAGGACAAGAUCACCUACUACUAAUAUUGCCCACUGACCACGUCCCUCAGUGCCACAUCCACACGGUUCCUGAACACCUCCAGGGAUGGUGACUGCACCACCUCCCUGGGCAGCCUGUGCCACUGCAGCACCGCUCCCUCUGAGAAGAAAUGCUUCCUAAUAUCCACCUGAAUCUCCCCUGGUGCAACUCAAGACCAUUCUCCCUCAACCUAUUGCUGUUAGAGAGCCUGGGAGAAGAGGCUGACCUCCACCUUGCCACAGCCUCCUUUCAGGCAGUUGUAGAGUGAUCAGGUCUCCCCUGAGCUUCCUCUUCUCCAGACUGAACAACCCCAGCUCCAUUGUGCUCCAGACCCUUCACAGUUUCAUUGAAUUUCUUUGAGCAUAAUGAACAUAAUGAAAUGGAACAUAAUGAAAUCCAGAAAACACACCAUGGUAAGCUCCAUGGUAGCCGUGGCAUUAGUUUGGAUGUGUAGCAUUAGUCAUAGCCAUUAAAAUGAGAAACUUCACUAAAAGAGAGUUUGUCAUCCCAUGCAAUCCAAGUCAUCUGUGAGCCUUUAUGCACCUGAAUCAAAAUACAUAUAUCUGCUCCAAAUCCUUCCACCUUUGCAGAUCUUGUUGAGCAUCCUGAGCACCCGCAGAGAACCGUGAGAUCCCUGCUCAUGUAAAGGCACACACAACCAGAAGGGAGCCGCAAGCCCUGGAAGCUCAGCCCUGUGCAAAUUUAUUGUUAAAUCACUAGAUACAAAAAUAACCGCCUCUCAGAAAGCAAUUUAUUUGUGCUUUAGGUACUUGCUUAAAUAUUUAUGUGGAAAAGGGGAAAAAAACAACACCUCUCUGACAUAAGAAUAUCAUCGUAGCAACGGCUUUAAGAUUAAUGGAAGCAAAUUAGCCCGACAUUUUAUUUACGUCCAGCAAAGAAAUAGAUAAACUCUCCUCGUGAUGGAUUUUCUUCAUUAGUGGGGAGAACGCCUAAGGUAAAAAUUCUGACAUUGUUCCCUUCAAGUGGUUAGACAAACAGUUUAUCAAAAGAGUAUAAAAUUGUCGAGAAAUGAAGCAGAUUAAUGAUCAGUAGAGGGAAGAUCAUGGAAUUUAUGACAUAAGUAGCAGCAUCACUGGAGCCCAGGAAGCGGCUUAUUAGAUAAGCAACGUAUGCCUGCACGCACAACCCGAGGGCUUCACUGGCACACAGCAGAUUUACAGCCCAUGGAAAAAAAAAAAGAAGGCUAAAACAGUGAGGCAAUACUUGGCUUUUACCAGGACUGGUGCUCAGGUGAAACAUCCCCAUAAAACCCCGAGUCUGCUCACAAGCAGGGCUGCCUCAACCAAGCUCGUGGGCACAGCACUCAAAGCUCAUUUUUGGGUCUGAAUGGCUGACACAAGGCACUCUCCCAAGGGGCUUUUCUGAAAGCAGAUGCAUGGCUCUGUCAGGGUCUGAAUGCAGGCAGCUCUUUGGCUUGCUGGGAGAUAAGAUGGGCUUUACUCCCAAUUGUGGCUCCCCAGAGAAAUCCCUUCUUCACCACUUUAGGGCAGCCAGUUGUUUAACUCCCUUGCUAGAGCUUGUGAACAUAUUAUUUCUUCCCAGUUAAAAACCUCUUAGGCUUUAAGGGAAAUAACCUCGUCUUUGUGCCUGUGCAGCAAUAACAGUCUCCACAACUUACUUUGGAGGGUUUGGAAGCUAUUACGGCAGUGAUAAUAAUACCAGUAACAACAAUAAUAACAUCUAGGACAUAGCUGGUCUUUUGAUUCUUCUAAAAAAAUCCCACAGCACCGAAGGAUCAUGGAUCCCAUAUGGCUCCUCCAGCAGUUACCUCUGGAAUGAUAAUUAGCUGUCACACGAGGCAAGCCAGGGAAAGGAAAUUGUGAAGCAGUCCUUUCCCCGCAGUGGCCCAUAGCUGGACCCCACAGGCAUGUGCUCAGGUCGGCAAGAUGCAGAGGAGGGGCUUUGGUAUAAGGAUGCCUAAGAACUUGUCCAGUUUAAAUGGUGCCAUAAAUCUCCAAGUCUCCAAGUUUUGUCUCCAGCAGGUGGCAUCGGCUCAGCAGGGAUCCAAACGUAGAACCAUCUAGGUUGGAAAAGACCUUCAAGAUCACCAGGUCCAACCAUCAGCCUGACCUACCGCAUCCCAUUGCUAAACUAUGUUUCUUACUUUCACAUCCACACAUCCCUUGAAUAUUUACAAGGAUGGAGACUCCACCAACUUUUUAUCCAAAUAUUAUCCAAAACAGAUCCACAGGAUGAGUUCUCUUCAAUCUGACCUUCUUACCACACCUACUGUGCUUCUUCUUGUGUGUCUCUCUAUGGUGCCUUGCCCUUUUGCCACUGCAAAAAGAGGCUGAUAAGGCUUGUGCAAUCACCACAAGAGCUCGGAGCUGGAAAUGUGAACCAGAAGCAGUUCUUCCAGAUAAGGAGUAGCCUAUAAGGGUGCACAUUUGUAUUUCCAGAAACUGGGAGCAUCUCCUUCAUCCAAUUUGCAGCUGUGGAUUAAGGAAUACCUUAAGCGCACAAGCACUACUUAUGAAGUGAUGAAACCCCUAUACUGUGGCUUUUAUGAGCUGGACUGCAUGUGUGUGAACAAGCUGUAUGUCACAUAGAUAUCUAUGGGUGUUUUUCUUCUGUCCAACCAGCCCUUACAGGGUUGUUUUGGCCCAUACCUCAAGCCUCCUGCUUGGGGUCUUCCAUUGGAUGUCUUCAUGGCUCUGUCUGGGUCAAACACCUUGAACAGUGUGAAGGCAAAGUUCCCCAGAACUCAUUCCCUGGGGUUAUUUUGGGUUCCCUUUCUCCCUCAUCACCCCCCCAAAAAUACCAUCUGCCUUUUUGUACUGUGGAAAUGAUGGAGAUUAGUAGAAGCCUCCAGUGCACAGGCUAUGAGGCCAACCCCAUCAACACUAACAUUAGCUCCCAUUUCAUCUAGUCACUACUUGCAUUGCUAGUCCUUCCCAUUUCUUGUAAUCUGUGAUAUCCAUGCAACACCAGGCACCGUGGGGACUUGCAGUACCUGUGGCAUAUCUACCACAGACAACAAGCAGGGAAGAGAAGUCUGAUCUUUCCCUAAAUCCAUGAGCUCUUGCCUCCCUCUCACUUUUUGCUUGACAGUUCUGUGGUCUGUCACUGACAUCUGCCCUGCAGUGCUUCCCCCAGCCAUGUGUGUGCUGCUGGCCGAGCUGCCUGCUACUGCAGGCAUGGCAACAGCUCUCCUAGUCCUGCUAUUGGGGCAGAUUUUGCUCCAUUUGAUUUUUAUUUAUUUAUUUUUAUUAUUAUUAUUUUGCCACAUCCAAGAGGAUUAGUGCAGUGGGACACAGGGGUUCAGGCUUUGCUGUGAGUGUUUAUGCAGGUGUUGUAUUUUAAUUGACCAUCCUGGCUGUAUCAUGUAAGUCCCAGGGCUGAUUAUGUACAUAAACAAAUGAAUUUUUUAUUGCUUUGA